AUGGCACCCACAACACCCUCCACAGCUGCAACUCCCGCAGAAUCCACAACCAAACGCAAAAGAAAAGUUAAGAACAAGAGCAACAAAGUCACAAAGAAAACCCAGGCAACCCCAGAACAAGAAGCAAAAUCUAGUAAGACCAAGAGCAAGAAUGUCACAGAGACAAGCGAGGCAGACCCCGAUGGAAAACCAAGACCAUUGAUCAAAGAGAAAGCUUUGGUCUUGGUUGAAAACCCAAGCCCAUUGAUCAAAGAACGAAAAGCAAAAGCCAGUAAAACCAAGAGCAAGGAAGUCGUAGAGACAACGAGUGAGGCCGAGCCAGAUGGAAAACCAAGACCAUUGAUCAAAGAGAGACCCUUGGAGUAUCAUGAGCCUUUCAAAGGUUAUAUCGACCACUACGGGUGGGGCAAGCUCACCGGUGAGCGGAAGCAUGCCAAUAAAGAAUGGGUUUAUGAGUUCUAUGAUGCUCUCAAGGAUCAUAAAGAUUUCGUAGUCACCAUGUAUGGUCACCCCAUCGAUUUCAGUCCCAUGGCCAUUAAUGAGUACUUUGGAUUGACUACCUUGGAUGAUAAUGGGAAAAGACGCUUGAGCUACACUACUGAGGAGUUUGCCAAAUUUGAUGAGAACUCACAGCAAGAAGAUGUUUUUGGCACUUUGUUCACUUCUGAGCAUCACAAUGCUCUUGAGGGGAAAUGGACAGCACUGCCAAGAGGUUGGUUUAAUCCGAUUGCUAGAUCGUGGAUGUAUUUUGUAAACUCUUCUCUUAUGCCAUCUAAGCAUUCCUCUACGGUGCAAAAGAAAAAAAUUCACCUCAUCUAUGCCAUCAUGAAAGGAUGGGGGUUAGACAUUGGGAGGAUCAUCAAUAGGGAAAUCCUUGUAGCAUUGAGUGCAAAGGAUGGUUUGCCUUUUCCACAGCUAAUCACACAACUUUGUUUGAAGGCGGGCAUCCAAGAUGAGGGCAACCUCACACCUCUCAAUCCGGGGCAAACCAUCAAACUUUCAUCAUAUUUACCGAAAGGCGAAGCACAAGUAAGGCAAAAGCAACUCGAAAAACAAGUCUUGAAAUUGCAAGGGACUCAAGAAGGUUCUUCUAAUGAGUUUCAAGGAGCACAAUCGAGCUCUGAGGACGAAGAUACUUGGAAGUGCAGGGUGGAAGAAGAAAUUAAUGAUAUCCGUGUCCAAAUCGGCUUAAUGGCUGAUUCACAGGCAGAAGCUCUAAAAGAAUUCAAGGAACUCAUGCAAAAACAAAUUCAAAACAGUGAGGAGGCUUUGAAGGAACAAAAAGAAUUCAUCCGAAAACAAAUGGAACACAAUGAGGCCGUGAACAAACUUCUUUUUAAGGAUUUGGAAACCACCGAAAUAUCGAAUGGACAUCCACUUCCAGGGACAAGUUAA